AUGUACAAGCAGGCCACUCUCGGAGAUGUCGACUUCAUCACGGGUGACUACCUCGCCGAGGUCAACAUUGCUCAAAACGCGGAAGCAUUUGCUUCAGGCUCUCAUCCAGGGUACGAAAUGUCUGCACUUGAAGGUCUGGAAAAGACCCUCGAUGUAAUCAACGACAAGCGUAUCAAGGUCGCUAUAAAUGGCGGUGCGCUCAAUCCCAAGGGACUAGCUGAGAAAAUCGCCAUGAUGGUCCAGGAGAAGCGGUACUCACUAUCAGUUGCCUAUAUAACCGGCGAUGAUUUACGCCAUCAAGUCGGCCAAAAUAUGCCCCCGACGCUAGACUCUGCGCUUCUCCCACACCUGGAUGAAUCAUCGGCCAAUUCCAACCAAGAACAAAGCCGUUCGUACAUUCAAGACGCUCAGGACCUGGCCACGGGGGCCCAGAUCGUCUCGGCAAAUGCGUAUCUCGGUGCUCGGGGCAUCCUGACCGCUUUCCAACACGGGGCUGACAUUGUCAUCGCAGGACGUGUGUCCGAUGCGUCACCCGUCAUUGCAGCGGCCUGGUAUUGGUGGUCUUGGAGCGCGGCUGACUAUGACAGGUUAGCCGGCGCCUUGAUUGCAGGCCACUUGAUUGAGUGCUCUGCAUACGUCACCGGGGGCAACUUUGCUGGAUUCACGGAACCUCAGUACGGUGGACUGGAUCGUUUCGUCGACCCUGGAUUUCCGAUUGCCGAGGUUCAUGAUGAUGGAUCUUGUGUAAUCACCAAACAUCCCGGUACUGGAGGUGUUAUAAACAAAGACACCGUCAAGUGCCAGCUACUCUAUGAGCUACAAGGUAAUGUCUACAUGCACAGCGACACCAAAGCAGUAUUGGAUGGUGUAGAUAUAAAAUCCAUUGGCGAAAAUAGAGUCCUUGUUACGGGUAUCAGAGGGCUUCCUCCUCCGCCAACAACAAAGCUAGCUAUUUUUUAUAAAGGCGGCUACGAGUGCCAGCUGCUGUUCAAUGCUACAGGGUACGGCUGGGAGGAGAAAUGUGCUCUGUUGGAACAGCAAGUCCGCCGUAAUCUUGGUGUCAAAGUGAAAGAUCUUGAUCUCCUCCAGUUUCAACGAAUUGGCACCCCCGCUACAAAUCCAACCAGCCAGAAUAGCAGCACCAUGUACAUCAGGGUAGUAGCCCAAGGCAAAGACGCAAAGGGGGUUUUGGAAGUCGCGAAUGCUUUCAAAGACAUCUCUCUCAAACACUUUUCCGGAUUUCACUGUGCCCUAGACAUGAGAACUGCCGUCCCAAGACCGUACAUUGCAUACUAUCCCGCCCUGUGCCAGCAGGCUCAUCUCAAGGAGACAGCACAUCUAAUUGGAAUUGACGAAUCCGGUCAGACAAUUUCGAAAUCCUCCUAUCCUGCAGGUAGUGCACCUGCCUUCUCGUCCGAGGCGUCAACUCCUCGAGAUAGUUACGACACGAGCAACCCUGUGGCCUUUACGGGGGCACACAAAUCUAUCCGCCUUGGAGACAUUGCUCUUGCACGGUCCGGAGACAAGGGGCCAAAUCUGAAUGUCGGUGUAUUUGUCCGAACAGAGAAGCAAUGGGAGUGGCUGCGGUCAUGGUUAUCUCGUGAGCGAAUGUGGCAGCUGUUGGGUGAAGACGCCGACCCGAGCUACACCGUAGAACGGGUUGAAUUCCCCCGCAUUCACGCGGUUCAUUUCGUCAUAUACGGCAUUUUGGAACGGGGCGUGAGUAGCUCGACGAGACUGGAUGCAUUUGGCAAAGGAUUUGCUGACUACUUGCGAGACAAAAUUGUCGACGUGCCACUUGCAGUCUUGCAGUAG